UCUCCGUUCGCUGUGGCGUGUUGUGGCCGCUCUGUCCGUUGUUCCCCGGCGCUGUCCUGCUGCCGCCGCCGCUGCUCGGUGCGACUCUGUGAAACUCCUGCUUUGCUGGACACCUGAGAGCGAACCGCCGGGAUUCAUGAGAGGCCAGUAGUGAUCUACAGAAAGGGAAAACUCGAAGGAGAUGGCUUUCCCACAACCGAAACCUGCAGAUGGAAAAAUCAUAAUCUACCCUCCUGGUGUUAAGGAAAUUACCGACAAAAUUUCCAACGAUGAAUUGGUCAAAAGGCUAAAGAUGGUGGUUAAAACUUUCAUGGAUAUGGACCAGGACUCUGAAGAUGAAAAGCAACAAUAUCUUCCAUUGGCUUUGCAUUUGGCUUCGGAAUUCUUUCUCAGGAAUCCCAAUAAAGAUGUUCGUUUGCUUGUGGCAUGCUGUCUGGCUGAUAUCUUCAGAAUCUAUGCUCCAGAAGCUCCGUAUACAUCUCAUGACAAACUUAAGGACAUAUUCAUGUUCAUUACACGGCAGCUGAAAGGAUUGGAGGAUACCAAAAGUCCACAGUUCAACAGAUACUUUUAUUUGUUAGAGAAUUUGGCGUGGGUCAAGUCAUAUAACAUCUGUUUUGAGCUUGAAGAUUGUAAUGAGAUUUUUAUACAGCUCUUCAGGACUCUGUUCUCAGUCAUUAACAACAGCCACAAUCAGAAGGUUCAGAUGCACAUGUUGGAUUUGAUGAGUUCUAUCAUCAUGGAAGGAGAUGGAGUAACACAGGACCUACUGGACUCCAUUCUUAUCAACCUUAUUCCUGCACACAAGAACAUGAAUAAGCAAGCCUAUGAUUUAGCUAAAGUACUCCUGAAGAGAACAGCUCAAACAAUUGAACCAUGUAUUGCGAGUUUCUUCAAUCAGGUCCUAGUUCUGGGAAAGUCUUCAGUCAGUGAUUUAUCUGAACAUGUUUUUGAUCUCAUUAUGGAGCUUUUCGCUAUUGAUCCUCAUCUCCUCCUCUCGGUUAUGCCACAGCUCGAGUUUAAACUUAAGAGUAAUGAUGGAGAAGAGCGACUAGCUGUUGUUCGACUCUUGGCUAAGUUGUUUGGUGCAAAGGAUUCAGAGCUCGCAACGCAAAAUCGUCCUCUCUGGCAGUGCUUCCUCGGACGAUUUAACGACAUACAUGUUCCUGUGAGACUAGAAUGCGUGAAGUUUGCAAGCCAUUGUUUGAUGAAUCAUCCAGAUUUAGCCAAAGAUCUUACAGAAUAUUUGAAGGUUCGAUCACAUGAUCCAGAAGAGGCAAUCCGGCAUGAUGUCAUUGUUACAAUAAUAACAGCAGGGAAGAAAGAUCUAUCACUAGUGAAUGACCAACUGCUUGGGUUUGUGAGGGAGAGAACACUAGAUAAAAGGUGGCGAGUGCGGAAAGAAGCAAUGAUGGGUUUGGCCCAGCUAUAUAAAAAGUACUGUCUUCAUCCCAAACCAGCCACUGUACUGGGUGCAGUAAAUAAACCUUUGUCAGCUGCUGGAAGAAGACCACAAGACAGAACUCCAGGGUUAGAGAUGGGAAGUAAUAUAAGUGGAAAUUCCGAACCCAGUUCGCCACCCCCAAAUAGGGGAAGGGAGCAGAAUUCAGAAGUUCCAGAAACAGAAAUUAGUGAGAAUGAGGAAAAUCCAGUAAUAUUACUCACAGUUGUACCAGCUAAAACGGAGAAGAAGGAUGAGCCAGUUAGAAACAAGGAGAUGUCCUCUGAACAGUCUUUACCACCACAGACCAGCACAGAACGUGGGAAAAAAAGGACAGCACCAGCUGGUUCAGAGAAUAUUCAGCAGAUACCAGAAGAGAGAAAAUCUGAAGAGUCAACAGCACCGGUUCCACCCAAAGCCAGGCGAGGUCGUCCUCCCAAAGCUGUAUCUGAAAGUAAUACUGCAAAGAACUCAGAUCCAAACAAAGCUGCAGGAAGAGGCAGAAAAAGAGUUGCAGCCAGUCAGGAGGGCCCUGCAGAACCAGAAACAACAAAUGUUAAAGUACCAAAACAGCAAGAAACAAAUGUCAAGCGAGCAUCAGCACAGAGACAAAUGGAUCUACAAAGAAUCCAGGUUUUGGACAGUGAUGGAUAUUCAGUGAUGGAUCUAGAGUCUACUCCAGAAAGUUCAGCUGAGGAACUGGAUUUGUUUAAAUCCUGUGAAAGCAGCCAGAAUGAGGUUGAUAACACAAAGCUAGCAGAGAGAGGCUUCCUUAAGGUAAGAAGAAAGUCCAUGCCAAAGGGAAGGAGACAAAGGCUGUAGAAAAGAAGUAUUCCUUGCCACUGAGGGAAAUGUACCACAUAAAAGGAAUGAGAUACUAUUCAAAAACUUAAAUUAGUUUACACAACUCCUCACACUCAAAACAUCAGGACAAUACUGCAUCAGAGUUUUGGUUAAGAUAUUAUUGAACUCCUUCAUUUAAAUUUAACUGAACAUUUAACUUUGCAAUGUUGGAGGGGCAGCAUUGUAAUUCCCUGGGAUUAUUUUUAUGAAGCAUCUUUAUAUGUUAAGAUUACUUAACUAUUACCGACACUCAUAAAAAUAAUCACUAGAUUAGGAUUUUGUUACAAGAUGUCUUAUUUAACCAUUUUAAUUAUGCAUCAGUAAUUUUACUGCAGCAGUUUACCUUCCAAAGUAAGUUAUUACACUGAUUUGUGAAGUCGGCAGUGGUGCAUUAUCGUCAUGUGUUACAAUUAACUUUUUCAGGCAGAAGCGUUUGUCUUAUUUAAAAUAGUCCCAUAUUGAACAGAAUCUGAUUUUGGUGAGUGUGGAAGAAUAAAACAAUGGCUUAAAAGAGCAGUUCGAUAUAUGCUUAUAAUAUUUGAAUCUACUGCCAUAAAUGUACUAAAGACUUACAAAAAAAGGUGUAUUACUAAAGUCUGCCGUUAAAAGUUGGGGAUAUUUUUGACACUGUUCUUUGAAAUUUUUGCACUGAGUCCAUUUUGUUUAUCCUUCUCAAUAAAAAAUCGCAGCAAGUUGUGCAUAGGCUAGCCAGAGUCUGUGUUUACAAAAACAUCAUAUUUUUGUGUAAUAUAUAUUCACAGUUAAUGGAACUUGCACAGGGAAAUGUGGGUCUUUUGUGAAUACAGACUGAAGUCUCAUGAUGGAAAUGGUAUUGGAAUUGCUGCCUUUUGUGUUUCUUUCGCCCCCUCCCAAUGUAUCCUUUUUUUUUCUGCUUCCCUUCCUUUCCCCAGGAGAGUGAGGAUGAUCUGAAAAUAUGGAUUUCUCCACAUUUGCCAGUGGCCAAUAGGCAACUCACUUUCUAGGGUGGGAUAGGACUGUUUGUAUUUGUGUCUACCCUUUCCCUGCACGGUUGAGCUUACUACAAAACUCUAUGAUCUGACAACCCAGCUGAGAACUAGUGAAGCUGAACCUUUGUAGCAAAGUGCAAAUGUUUGUUAAGCUAGUAUUUGAAUCUGGGGUUCUGAGGACCCUUAUGUAGAUGUUCAAUGGGUUAUUCUUGAAUUCCAGCUUUUAAUGUUGAAUAUUGAAAAGAGUAAAAAUUAGAACAGGAUGUUUUUUUAAAAAUCCUCCAUCCUAACAUUACCUUUUAUAUCCUGCUUUUAGUAGUUUUAAUUUAUGAAAUUUUAUCAGAGGCCUUUUAUGUUCUACUUUCUUAUAAAAGUAUAUUGCUCUGAAAGGUAAAUGGAAACGUUUGAGUUUCAGAUUUUUGUAUCAAAUCUUGAAGUAAAUUGAGGUACUUUUGAAAGACCAGUUUUAUGAUGAGAUGUUCAAGUUACCAGGCUCUGUAACCAAUGAUGUAAAAAAUGAAGUGUUUUAGAAAAAAUUGGAUUUUGGCAGCUUGUGAAGACAGUUCAAAAAGUUCAGAUUGUUAAAGCAUUUAACUGAGUGGUUUUUAUUGAUACGUUUGAAUUUUUUUAAAUCUAUUUUUCACCCGUUUGUCUCCCAGUUCACGCUCAUCUUUGUUUAUUUUAGUGAAAUUCGUUACAAUUGCAUCAAUGUUGUGAUUCCAGACAUUGUUCAUUGUAGUUAUUGUGUACAUUUUGAUGUACACAUGAUCAUAUUUAAAUUUUUGUUGCAUAAAAAAUAAAUGCUUCUUAGGUGUU